GUAUACUCAACUCUAAGACCUCCAGAACACGAGGCAAAUAUUGACAUGCCUCAUUAUUGACACCUAAGCCAGACGUCCGUCUCUUAGAUGACAUACGGUAGCGCUUCCGCCCUCGCUCGAAUCUCCCUCCUCUCGGAAAAGGAGGGGCGGAGGGUCUGUGUCAUCAUUCUGCGCCGGCCUGCCCCGCGACGCGCCGGCGGCGCAGCCCUUCGCUCGCCCGGCCUCCCCCUCCCUGGUUCCGCGCUCUGGUUCCGCCAUGGAAUCCAACAAGGAUGAAGCCGAGCGCUGUAUUAGCAUCGCCCUCAAGGCCAUCCAGAGCAACCAGCCCGACCGGGCGCUCCGCUUCCUGGAGAAGGCACAGCGGCUGUACCCGACACCGCGAGUUCGCGCCCUGAUCGAGUCCCUCAGCCAGAAACCACAGACUGCUGGUGACCAACCCCAACCCACAGACGCAACCCAUGCCACCCACAGGAAGGCAGGUGGGACCGACGCCCCCUCGGCCAACGGUGAAGCUGGAGGAGGAGAGAGCACCAAAGGCUACACAGCAGAACAAGUGGCAGCUGUGAAAAGGGUCAAGCAAUGUAAAGAUUACUACGAGAUCCUGGGGGUGAGCAGAGGGGCCUCCGAUGAGGACCUGAAGAAGGCCUACCGCAAACUGGCCCUCAAAUUCCACCCGGACAAGAACCAUGCUCCUGGCGCCACCGAAGCUUUCAAAGCCAUUGGCACAGCAUACGCAGUUCUUAGCAACCCGGAGAAAAGGAAGCAGUAUGACCAAUUCGGUGACGACAAGAGCCAGGCAGCCCGGCACGGCCAUGGGCAUGGGGACUUCCACCGUGGCUUUGAGGCUGACAUCUCCCCUGAAGACCUCUUCAACAUGUUCUUUGGAGGUGGCUUCCCUUCUAGUAAUGUCCAUGUCUACAGCAACGGCCGCAUGCGCUAUACCUACCAGCAAAGGCAGGACCGCAGGGAGAACCAGGGUGACGGCGGGCUAGGGGUGUUUGUGCAGCUGAUGCCCAUCCUCAUCCUGAUCCUCGUGUCAGCUCUCAGCCAGCUUAUGGUCUCCAGUCCACCCUACAGUCUGAGCCCGAGGCCGUCAGUGGGCCACGUCCACAGACGAGUCACUGACCACCUGAGCGUCGUCUACUACGUGGCAGACACCUUCUCUGAGGAGUACACAGGCUCCAGCCUCAAAACGGUGGAACGGAACGUGGAAGAUGAUUACAUCGCUAACCUCCGAAACAACUGCUGGAAGGAAAAGCAGCAGAAGGAAGGCUUGCUGUACCGGGCCCGCUACUUUGGCGACACAGAUAUGUACCACAAAGCACAGAAGAUGGGCACCCCAAGCUGUAGCCGACUGUCAGAGGUGCAGGCCUCCCUGCAUGGAUAGUCCUGGGCCUGCCACGCCACCAAGGUCCAAACUAUGAAAUCCCUGGAGAAUUUUUGGUGACAAGCACUGAGCCAAGGUGAUGGACUGUAUAUUUAAGAAAAGACAUACAAAGAAAAAAAAUUAAAAUGGAAUUGGAGGCUGACCGCAGCACAACUGCCCUCUCUCUCACCCAGUAAAUGCAGAAAGCUCUUAGGACAGACAGAAAACCUGCCACGGGGCUGCUUCCCUCCCUCCCGAGGCUGGCAGAGGCUCCGCAUCGGCUCUCUCCUAGGAUACAGAAACCAUGGCAACGAAAGUAGAAUGUAAAACUUGCAGCAAGUGUCUGUGGGAAGGGUUGGGGGAGGGGGUUGCCCAACUGCCUUUCCUCCCCCUCCCGAGAGCCACCACCAGUCACCUCUCAGGGGAAGCCAGAGGCGUUGGCCAAGGACAGAGAGGAGGAGGAAAGAGAACUCUCCACAGAAUGUAAUUUAUAGAUGCGUGUAUGCAUAUAUAUAUCUAUUUAUAUGUAAAUAGGCAUAUAUAAAGAUAUAUAUGGAGAGAGUCUACUUUUUGAACUAUGCAGGGAUUGGUUAAGUUGUUUAGCUUUCUUCCAUGUUGUAGAAAAUGAGGCGUAUUUGGGGAAGGCAACCUAGUUCUUCAAAAGCUAGACAUUAGCUGUAGCUGACAGCGUAAGGAAAGUCAAGUCAUGUGCUUUUAACAUCCCCCCUGCGCCCCAGCCUGUCUGUGAAGGCAGCGGUAAUCAUGAUGGUCUGAAUCGGAGAGGCCGCCAGGUGUCAGGGCAAGCUGGAGAGGAGCAGGCUGUGGAGGGAGAAAGGUACCCCAGGGGCAGGUGCCAGGUCAGUAUUGAGUCGAGGCAGAGCACCCCCCAUGGGACCUGCUGGAGCGAGACCACCCACUCAGGCUGCCCCUCUCCUUCAGCCAGCUCAGGUGGCCUCUCUGUCCUGGCACCCAGGAGCCCUCCAGCCUCCUGCCCACAAAUGGCAGGGCUCGGAGCCAGGGGCCAGGUCCUACCUAACCACUUCCCCGCCCCUAGCCCCUAAGAGGGUUUUGCCUUAUAGGUGCCACAGGGCACAGCUCCAUCAUUGCCACUGGGUUUCCCUAAAUUGUGCGUCAAGGACUCCAGAAGGCUCUUCCUCCGAGAGUCAGCCAGUGGUGCCCCGGACCGCAGGGCGGCAGCCCGGCCCCUGAAGAAAAGUCAGUGCCUGUGGGCGCCUCUGUCUUCACCCUCCACGGACUCGACUCCACCGGCCUCCUCUCGCACUUUGGACAAAGGAUACAUAGGAACCGGAAUAGUUUCCAACCCUCACCUUCCAAUGAGGAUUUUUCGCAAAACAACAGUUGCUGCCAGGGCAGGGAGGGAGGUUUUAUUUAUUCCCACAGUUUAUACUGGGCCUUUUGGAAUUACCAUUUUUUCCUGAGGCGGUGGGUGUGUCAUUGAGCCUGCUGUCUUCCAAAGCCUUACUCUUUCCCGCCUGGAGGUGAUAACUAUCCUCCCAGAAUUUCUCUUUACUCUUUUUUUAAAAAUCCCCCAACAAAUAGGAUUCUUGCUGGGAAAGGAAGUUUGGUAAGGAAAUGUCAAAUCUGGUUUUUAAACAAGGUCCCACCCUGCAAUGAAGCGGCCACUCCAGCCCAGAGAGAUCAUAAGAACUGGACGCGGGCCAGAGUGCCCUCGCGGUGGCCCUGGUGCUCUGCCCCCACCAUCCCAACUGUCUGGUCUUGGUAGACGUCCCUAGAUGGGCUGAGCCAUGUGCAAUAAGAACAUAGAUCCUAAAGGAUCCCCCGAGAAGCUGUAUUUCUUGAAUUAGAAUUCUGAAAUUGUACAUCUAUAAAUAUAUGUUUAUUAUGUGA